ACUCUCUCACCUUUCCACCACUCCUCUCUCUCUUUCUGUCUUUGCCGGAUUGGACUCAUCCGGUGUGCACGCAAUUUUUGUUCUGCAAGUCGUGCAGUUUGAAGAGUCAUUUCGGAUCAUUUGGAAUACUCUUUGGCUUUAUUUUGUGAGGCACACACAGAAAAAAAGGACGCAUUGUUACCACAAGCUAGGAAGUGAGGAUGUAAGACGCAUGGAUGUGGACCCCCCCCCAACACACAGCCCCCCUCUCUCCUUGGAGAUAUUUUGGAUUCCCUUUUCUUUUGGAUCGAAAGGCUUAAAUUGGAAGCACAUUGGAUGGACAGUGACUUCUUUAUCUGGAGUGUGAUGCAUUCAGGAACACCAGGGGGGAAUCUGACAUAAGCGUAUAGUGGUGAUCUGUCUGCUACCAGACCUCAGUGCUGACCUCCGCCGUGACCUUUAGCAGCGGGCGGUAAGAGGGGGAGGCCAUGUGGACCGCACGCCUGCUAGUCCUCGCCAGCCUCUUUGCACCGGCCGCUAUGGCCUUCAGUCGAGCGCCCAUCCCCAUGGCGGUGGUGAGGAGGGAGCUGUCAUGCGAGGGUUACCCCAUCGAGCUACGCUGCCCGGGUACCGACGUUAUCAUGAUUGAGAGUGCUAAUUACGGACGCACAGACGACAAAAUUUGCGACGCUGACCCCGCGCAGAUGGAGAACACCCGGUGCUACCUGCCCGACGCCUACAAGAUCAUGUCUCAAAGAUGUAAUAACCGGACCCAGUGUGCUGUCAUUGCCGGCCCGGAUGUGUUUCCAGACCCCUGUCCCGGAACGUACAAAUAUCUGGAAGUCCAGUAUGAAUGUGUCCCCUUCAAAGUGGAGCAAAAAGGCUCCUCAGUAUUCCUGUGCCCAGGGCUUCUCCGCAGGGUCUACCAGAGCGAACAUCUCUUCGAAUCAGAUCACCAGUCCGGUGCGUGGUGCAAAGAUCCUCUCCAAGCCUCUGAUAAGAUCUACUACAUGCCGUGGACGCCGUAUCGCACGGAUACAUUAACCGAGUACUCCUCUAAGGAGGACUUCAUCGCUGGUAGGCCGACCACGACGUAUAAACUCCCACACCGCGUCGACGGCACCGGUUUUGUUGUGUACGAUGGAGCACUGUUCUUCAACAAGGAACGCACACGCAAUAUUGUCAAGUUCGAUCUGCGGACUCGCAUCAAGAGUGGCGAGGCUAUUAUCGCCAAUGCCAACUACCAUGACACGUCGCCGUACCGCUGGGGGGGUAAAUCGGACAUCGACUUGGCUGUGGAUGAGAACGGCCUGUGGGUGAUCUACGCCACCGAGCAAAACAACGGGCGUAUCGUCAUCAGCCAGCUCAACCCGUACACACUACGCGUGGAAGGCACUUGGGACACGGCAUACGAUAAGCGCUCGGCGUCCAACGCCUUUAUGAUCUGCGGGAUCCUUUACGUGGUGAAAUCGGUGUACGAGGAUGACGACAAUGAAGCCACAGGGAACAAGAUCGACUACAUCUACAACACGGAGCUGAGUAAAGAUGGCUUCCUGGAUAUUCCCUUCCCCAAUUCCUACCAAUACAUUGCCGCUGUGGAUUACAAUCCCAGAGAUAAUCUGCUCUACGUUUGGAACAAUUAUCAUGUUGUGAAGUACUCGCUGGAUUUUGGCAUACUCGACAACCGACUUGAGUCUUCCUCUUCUGUGAUGGUCUACAUGGACACCACCACGAGGAGGACAACCACUCAUCCCACCACCACCACCACUACGACGACCUUCACCUCCACACCAGCAAGGACCACCACGACCAGAAUCCCUGUCACCACCGCCCAGUGGCCCAGAGCCACGUCCACGGCCUCUCCUCCGCUCCAGACUUCCGAGGGACGCUCGGUCUCCGGCAGUGAUGAUGAACGAUCGCCGCCUUCCUCCAGGCUUCCCAACACCAGGGUGGAGUACUGCAGUCCCCUGGUCAUGAUGGAUGUCUCUUGGCCCAAGACGAGGCAGGGGAUGGUUGCUAAGAUGUCCUGUCCUUCUGGAACCACAGGCGUGGUGUCGUAUUCCUGCAUGGGUCCUGAGGGCUACUGGGACCCCCAGGGGCCCGACUUCACCAAUUGUACAUCCCUUUGGGUCAACAUCAUCAGCCAGAAGCUUAAAGCUGGCGAGACAGCUGCAGUGAUUGCCCGAGAGCUAGCAGAGCAAACCAAGAGCAACCUUCAGGCGGGGGAUAUUGUCUACACAGUGAGAGCCAUGGUGCAGCUGGUGGAUCUACUGGAUGUCCAGCUGAGGAACCUCACGCCCGGUGGCAAAGACAGCGCGGCCCGGAGCCUCAACAAGCUGCAGAAAAGAGAGCGAUCAUGCCGUUUUUACGUUCAGGCCAUGGUGGAGACGGUGAAUAACCUCCUGCAGCCUCAAGCCCAGGCAGCCUGGAGGGAGCUGGGUACAGGCGAGCAGCUGAGGGCGGCUACCACGCUGCUCGACACGGUGGAGCAGGGCGCCUUCGUGCUGGCUGACAACUUGCUGAAGACGGACAUUGUGCAGGAGAACACGGAUAACAUUCAGCUAGAAGUUGCACGAAUGAGCACGGAUGGGAAUUUGCCCGAUCUGAAGUUCCCGCAAACGGGCGGACAAGGCAGCUCUAUCCACCUAUCAGCAAAUACCCUCAAGCAGCAUGGAAGAAAUGGUGAGAUCAGGAUCGCCUUCGUGUUAUACAAGCACAUCGGAGCGUACUUGUCCACGGAGAACGCCAGCAUGAAGCUGGGCAGCGACGCCAUGGCAACCAACUACUCCGUCAUCAUCAAUUCACCGGUGAUCACCGCCGCCAUCAACAAGGACACCAAUAAAGUCUACCUUUCUGAUCCAGUCAUCUUUACCAUCAGACAUUUACAGCAAUCCGAGGAGAACUUCAACCCCAACUGUUCCUUCUGGAGUUACUCCAAGCGAACGAUGACUGGCUACUGGUCCACCCAGGACUGCCGCCUACUGGGGACCAACAGGACGCAUACCACCUGCUCCUGCACCCAUCUCACCAACUUUGCUGUCCUCAUGGCCCAUGUGGACGUGAAGAACACAGACCUGGUCCAUGACAUGCUCCUGGAUGUGAUCACCUGGGUGGGCAUCCUCCUGUCUCUCGUGUGCCUGCUGGUCAGCAUCUUCACCUUCUGCUUCUUCAGAGGCCUCCAGAGCGACCGCAAUACCAUCCACAAGAACCUUUGUGUUUGCCUCUUCAUCGCGGAGUCCCUAUUCCUGGUGGGCAUAAACCGGGCCGACCAGCCGAUUGCAUGUGCCGUCUUUGCCGCUUUGCUGCACUUCUUCUUCCUGGCGGCCUUCACCUGGAUGUUUCUGGAAGGUGUCCAGCUCUACAUCAUGCUGGUGGAGGUGUUCGAGAGCGAGCACUCUCGGCGGCGCUACUUCUACAUCGUAGGUUACGGCGUGCCGGCGCUUAUCGUCGCCGUCUCGGCGGCUGUGGACUAUCGGAGUUAUGGCACAGAGAGAAUUUGCUGGCUUCGUCUGGAUACGUACUUCAUCUGGAGUUUCAUCGGACCAGCAACCUUGAUAAUUAUGCUCAACGUGAUCUUCCUGGCCAUUGCGCUCUACAAGAUGUUCCACCACACCGCUAUCUUGAAACCAGACUCCGGUUGCCUGGACAACAUCAACCGCCGUUAUUACGACGGAUGCGUUAUAGUAGAGUGGCACUGCUAUCAGGAUUAUGAACCCAAGAUCAAAUCAUGGGUGAUUGGCGCCAUCGCUCUGCUUUGCCUGCUGGGCCUCACCUGGGCCUUCGGACUGAUGUACGUCAACGAGAGCACGGUGGUCAUGGCUUACCUCUUCACUAUUUUCAACUCCCUGCAAGGAAUGUUCAUCUUCAUAUUCCACUGCGUGCUCCAGAAGAAGGUACGUAAAGAGUUCGGAAAGUUCCUCCGUACUCAUUGCUGCAGUGCGAAAAGCAUGGAAAAUUCCAUUGGCUCAAAGGGAAGUGCUACUCGAGCUCCUGGACGUUACUCGACUGGCUCGCAGAGCCGCAUACGACGCAUGUGGAAUGACACAGUGAGAAAACAGUCGGAGUCGUCGUUCAUGACCGGUGACGUCAAUAGCUCGGUGUCUCUCAACAGAGGGGCUAACCAUCUUAUACCUAACGCACUCCUGCGUCCUCAUGGCACGAACAAUCCCUAUAAUACAUUGCUUGGGGAGUCGGCGGUCUAUAACAACCCUCUGGGCAUGUACAACGUGCAAGAGCCCUACAGAGAGACAAAGGGAAUCCUGAACAAUGCCCGGGAUACAAGUGUCAUGGAUACUCUACCACUGAAUGGUAGCCACGGUUACAGCAUCGCCGGUGCCGACUACAUGAGUGACUGCGUCCAAAUCAUUGAGCGGGGCUACAACCACAACAAGGAGACCACCCUGGAGAAGAAGAUCCUCAAGGAGCUGGCUUGCAGUUACAUCCCAUCAUAUCUGAACAACUCCCAUGAGCAGAACCGGAACCUCGUGAACAAGCUGGUGAAUAACGUCAACAAGGAGGGCGUCGGAGGUGGGGGCAUCGGUUAUGGAAUGAGAGCAGGGGUUGGCGUCGCCUUCCCCUUGCACCACGAUGAAGGCUUGGAGUUAAUCCACGAGGAGUCAAAUGUCCCCCUCCUGCCUCCUCUGGACACCCUGCACAAUCACCUCCACCAGUCGCCGCCGCCCCUUCCGCUGACCCAUCACCACACCUUCACAUCUGCUGCCCCGUCACCUCCUUCCUCCAGGAGGCGGAUUCCGCAGGAGAACACAGAGAGCUUCUUCCCGUUGCUUAAGCACACAGAGGAUUCAUCUCCGAGCCACAACCAGAGAGACUCGCUGUACACCAGCAUGCCCAUGCUGCCGGGCCACCCCGAUGAUGUUCCCCCAGGUACAAAAGAAGGGGGCGAGGGGAAGAGUCCAGGCGCUAGCUCGGACGAUGUUUACUACAAAAGCAUGCCCAACCUCGGCUCUGGGAACCAUCUUCAUAAGCUGCAUUCCUAUUAUCAGUUAGGACGAGGCAGCAGUGAUGGUUUCAUCGUGCCGCCCAACAAGGAGGACUUGUCCCCGGUGGGGUCCCACCAGGAGCCCUCACACCUGGUCACCAGCCUAUAGGCACCACAACCUCAUAGCAUUAUUAACCAUGUUUCCAUCCGCAGAUGAAAGGGCAGUGACUUUGUACCAUGCUCGGGUUGUGCUCGGGCCACCCCAAUGACAUGUCCCCUGGUACCAAGAAAGGGGACAAGCCCAAAGUCCAGGCACUAGCGCAGACAACAUUUACUACAGAAGCAUCCCCAACCUCAGCUCCGGGAACCACUUCCAUCAGUGGUGGUUUCAUCGUGCCACUUAUCAAGGUGGACCUGUCCCCACAGGGGUCCCCAACCAGGAGCCCACAUAUGUGCUAACCGACCUGUAGCCUCAAUCCCACAAAGCACCACCAUGUUAUACACUAUCUACAGUUGUUCUACCAUCAAUCGUUGGCGGCGCUAGCUUUUUAAUGCUAAAAGUGUGGUGACUUUGUACCAUGUUCUUGGGCCGCCCUACCAAGUUACCAAGUAGGGGUGUCGAACCAGGCGCUGUUUCGGAUGCCGUUUACUAUGCUCAUUCUCGGUUCUGGAAAAAGCACUUCCGUUAUUUCUGAUGGUUUCACAAGGAGGACCUGUCACCAAAGGAGCCCCGCCAGUAGCCCUCACAAUUGGUCCCCACCCCACCAUAACACCCCCAUAUUGUUCUUGGCAGCGCUAGCCUUUCAAUGUUAAAAGGAGGGUGACUUCGUACCAUGCACGAGUUAGGUCUCCGAAAAAAAAAGACUAGCUUGAGGAACUAUACAAAUCCACCAAAAACAAACAAAAAAAAUGACUAUUUUAUUACCCUUGCAUUGACUUUUUUUCCAAGGAAUUUUCUUUGUUUUGUUGGAGCUGCAGCACAUUUUGUUUGCUGAAGAAUCAAAGAAUCAGCCGUUCUUCUUUCUGUUCAUUUUACUGUAAUAAAACUAAUAAUAAAUAUGAGAUAUUUCUAUGUAAUUGUACAGUAACUAGCAUUGCACAUAAAUAGGACCUUUCUGUUUCAGAUGACCCCCCCCCCCCCUUCCCCUUCCCGUAAAUGUUGUCUAUCACAAAAACAAACAAAAAAAAAAACAUGGAGGCAUUAUUUGUGCAAUGUAUUUUGUUUCCUCCCUUUUUCCAAAUAAAUAAAAGUGUAGAUAGCAGUGCUGGUAAAGAUUGACAAUUAAUUUAAAAACAAAAAUUGGAUUAUUGAUGAUGAGCACUUGGCACUUGUACAAAGAUGGCUGUUCUACUUAUUAAAGAAAAAAGAUUUUGGAUUGAUGAUGAUUGGUAGUGGA